CCCAAACAGGACUAUUGAGAAAUAUUGAGAGGUAUUAAAGCCGCUUGAAUGCUUAUCCUGGCAUACGGUGCUACUUGGGGAUCUUGCAUUUGAGCUUGCCACCCCUGGCUCCUCUAACUGAGACUCUAUGCUGAGGCCGAUCUUACUGUGACUUAAUGACCUGUUGCCGAACAACUAACGCAUCGUGACUUAUUUCUUCGGCUCAAACAUUUCAGUAAUCAUGAAGUCAGCUGCUUGGCUUCUGCCUUUCCUUGCAUUAAUGGCUAUACCGACGGCUUUGGCAGAUGCACCGACGAAUUUCAGUUUACCAGACCUUGCCAAAUCUUUCUGGACGGAAACCGGCCUGAAGUUCCCGUCAAAGGCUUUAACGGAGGCUGUUACACGUGCAAAGUUGCCUGUACUGGAUGCCGCUGGUCAUCGGCGGGAAAUUGUUCUCAUGGCCAUCGCCAACGAGUUUGCGUUUCACCGCAUGUUUGACAUUUUCUUGACCUCCCUUAGUAACAUCACCUUCAAGGGAGCUGGCGGGUCCGAGGACAACCUCGCUCGUCACCUCAUUAUCAACAUUAUGACCAACACUGGCACGGACAACUGUACGGCAGUUGCCGGGAAGUACGGCGCCAUUUGUGUGCCGUACGGAAACAGCCACUUUACCCUGGGCACCUUCCACGCGUUCUCCAACGAGUUUUACGGCAUUGGGUUUAUCAAGACCGCCACCAUCCUGGAUGGUCUGACGGUGGGGGUGGAUGUGCUGUUCUUGGAUGCAGAUCAGGUCGUGUUCAAGAAUCCGCUGCCCUACAUUCUCGCGCGCGAGGCUGACGUGCUGGUAACCGGAGAUUGCCACAACCAUCUAGAUUCUGCGCCGAUGGACCGUCUGCCGCAGAUCGGCAACAACAUCGGAUUAAUUUAUUUUAGGGCGACGGCGAUGGUCACCCGUGCCGUCUACAACUGGUGCCUUUGGCUUGCGAAUAUUGCUUACCUCGGCGGCAAACCCUGGGACCAAACCACAUUUGCCGUAAUUGUUGAAUGGGUCGCAGCGGAUGUGACUGUGCGACAUAUGAGCAUAGCAAUGCUGCGUCCGGACAAGUUUCCGUUCAUGUGUAUGGGUCCGUGUGGAUGCGAUUUGCGUAAUGUGCCGUACUAUCACUGGGGUAAACAGCCUCGGCGUACGGCAGACAACACUUGCGAGCCAGCGCUGAUGCGCGAGUGGUACUGCUACCACAUGCCUUGCUCGGGAGACAUGAACAAUAAGGCCAAGCUAAUGGAGGAGUAUACUGUGAUGUACCACAAGGUGAUUGGCCCCAUUAACAGCCUCUCUGAACCCAUGACAGUGUUGCGGCCCUUAGCUUCUUAAGAACACCUUGAAGAAUUGAGACGUGGAGGUCUUGGAAAAAUCCCACUUCUUGAAAAAAUCCCACUUGGUGCAGUCGAUGGCCUCCCAGGAGAAUUGCGCCUCUUCUUUAUAAUGGCCCUCGCUCAAGGUUUCAGGCCUACGAGUUGUUUGGGGUUGCAAUAAGGAGGAGUUGUGGUGUGUUAUGAGUCUGCGUUGCAAUUGGGACGAGUUGUGAUAUGUCAUUACUAUGCGUAAGGGAUUAAUAUUAUAGGCCUUCCAGGCGCUUUUGAGUCAUAGAACGCAUAUGUAUGGUGCUGUGCAAUUUGUGAGCAACGGGUUGCUGGCUUGGUGUUGAGCGGUACUUGGUUGAUUGUUAAUUCGCAAUCAAACCGGUAACGAUUUACGGCUAAGCUGCUGGCUGAGGCAUCCGUGAAGUCCAAACGGUUCAUUGCUGGCGCUAGGGUACAGCAGCUCAAAGAAUACUUCCAAUCAGAUAUAAGUAUGGCGAAGCUCUAGAGCGGGAUCUACUCCUGUGGCUGUUACUAAGGGUCCUUCCAUCGAUCGACGGAAGUUGUGCAUACAGAAGAAGCAUGCUUGUAGAUAGAGCGGUUUUAGGGCGGUUGUUUGUAAGCUUCCGCUACGGGAGGUGCUUGACCACAUAGAACCGGGCUGGGGUCACGGUGCAACAGCCCACUGCCGCACGCGGGAGCAACAUAUGCUGCCGGGUAGAUGGACAUUAAACUUACAGAUGGCAAAAGGAUUACCAUGCAUCAAUGAAG